GUAGAACAUGAAGAGGAGUUUGAGAUUUUUUGCCACAAUCCAAACAAAGACCAAUUUUCGCAGAGUUAGUAUGGCACAAAGCCAAACAGGACUAAAAAUUGCGUCCAGUUGUGAUGGGAAAAGAGUAAACGUUCAUCAGCACGAAUCUUGAUGCGAAUCGUACGGCUUGCGCAACUCCGACACCAAGAGGCUCAAGCCUCAAGCCCUAACCAAAUAGACCCUUCUACCACCGCGGCGCCGCCCCUUGUCCCCGUCGGCUGCUCCCCGCCGCUCUCUUCUUCCCAGCCCCGCCCCCCGACGCGCCACCGCCACGACGGCCGGCAUGUCGAAGAAAGGAGGAAGAGCGAAGAAAGCGGCAGGAGGCGACGAGCUGUCUCGCUUCCUGGGGUCGCAUCUCGAGACCAUCAACGACACCUUCCAGAUGAUGGCGGAGGCGGCUCCGGCGGGUUUGGAGCGUACGGAGUGGUCUGAGGUCGUUACGCUCGGCGAUCAGGUCUCCAGGCAGGCCACCGUUGCUGGUAUGCUCUGGAGCGGAGACUUGCCUGAUGUAGCCACGCUGAAAGAGAACAUUGUUGCGUACUUCAACAUUCUACAAGGUUUCCUUUUGGUUUGCCACGGAAGCAUGGUUGGUGCUGGGCCUACUCUGCGCAAGUCUAUCUGUAGUUCUGCAAAGAACGUGGUAGACUCCAGCUUCUCGUUGUUCAAGCAAGCUGUUUCUGCUUAUGAAUCUUCCAGCCCUGAUCGAAAGACAAUUAUACCUCAGGUCACAGGAACUGUAUGGGAAGCGUGUGCUGCUCUCAAGAAGGUGCCUACCUCGAACUGUACUGCCAUAGGACGAGCCAUGACCCAGAUAGGCGUGUAUCUGAAGGAUGUCCUCCGGGAGAUGAAGGAACUCCCUAUUGGUGAUUCUAGCGAUAGUACAGCUGAAAAGUCUUCCAAUGGCGUUGUUGACACCACGAGUUGUUCUGAUAGAGAUGAGAUGUCAUUUGAUCUUGAUCUGGACGAUGAUUUCACUGAAGAGGAGGUUGCUGUUGCCAAGUUGGUUGUCACUGUGGCAUCUGAUUCCCUGGUUGUAGUGAAAGAGGCAAUUCGUUUCAUUACUGGUUUGCUUAAGAGCUCAGGUAACCAAAGCGGGGCUAAUGAGGACAAGGUUGAUCCAAUGGAGAAAUUGCUGAGCUAUUGCAGGGAGAUUGCUGACCAGGCUAACGAUCUUGGGGCUUCCGUAUAUCCACCACAAGACACGUCUCAAAUGAAGCUCACUGUAAAAAGAUUGUAUGAGGUCAUCAAUGGGAUGCGCAAGGAAAUAGGGCACCUUGGUGGCUCACCUGCGAGCGCCUUUGCAGCCCUUAAAGGAUUAGAGAAAUGCCUUGGAUCUCUGGAGGCCGAGUUAGCUGAUGAUGUGGUGAACGAGAUGGAAAAACUUGCAAUUAACCAUUAGCUCGUCCUGAUUGUUAGGUAGUGUUCAGAUUUGUUAUAGCUAUGUUAUAGUCUGUCUUUUGAUUCGGGCAAUGGAAGAAUCAUGUGUUGCUUAAGUAAUUGAGGCAUACAUUCUCUGUACUCUUAUAUCUUCCAAUGUAAAGUACGAAGCUUAGUCUCGUUUGCUGCA